CCGUGGGUGGCCCUCCCGAAGCCUCGCUCCAGGACCGGGGAACGCGGCGCAACUCUUGCCUGGAUCCCAGCCUUUGCGACCUCCCUUGUCCCUCUCACCCGCGUACAGUCCCGGGCUGAAGCGGGGGGAUCGCGGGCGCCCUGAGUUCUCACCCCCCGCAUUUCAGUCUCCUGUCAUCCGGUUGCACACAUUCUUGAGAGGUGAUUCCUAAAGCAGCUGGGAACCUGAAGCUGUGAAAGGGGCUGCGGAAAAUGAGCUGCAGUUCAAAACCCAGAAGCAGAACUUGAUGAUUUAACCACUGACCCGUUUCACAGAAUGUUUCAUGUAUUCGUGGACCAAAAGAUGGAGUUGAUUUUUGUUUUUAAAAAGAUAUUGUUGAUGAUCUGAUACAACUGUACGUGUUCACUUGACAGAGAUUCAUGGAGUGACCAUUAAGUUGGACUAGUAAUCAUUUCUGAAAGUUUCUUCAAGCACAGUUUAAAAUUCAAGUGUCAACGAAUAUUCGGCUUAAAACAGUAUAAUGAUAUAUUUUCUCUGAGUACUGCAAAUUUCAGAGACCACAGUUGGAUUCCAGUUAUAUUCUACAAUCAAAGUGAUUCAAUUCUUUGAUAAAGUUAAUUUCGAAGAAUUUUAUGUUUGUAAACAGCACUAAAAGAUGGGAGAAAAAAAUGGUGCCGUACCUCUUGCUUCAUGAUUAUGUUCUUGCAAUAAAUCUUAGUAUCUAGCUGAAUAAUGGAGCAAACUUGGACAGACAGUGGAGCUGUAAGAUGAUCUUCUUCAUUUCUAGAGGUGAUGCAGAAACUUUCUGGAUGGAGCUGGAAGAUGAUGGGAAAGUGGAUUUCAUAUUUGAACAAGUGCAAAAUGUGCUGCAGUCACUGAAAAAAAAGAUCAAAGAUGGGUCUGCCACAAAUAAAGAAUACAUCCAAGCAAUGAUUCUAGUAAAAGAUGCAACUAUAAACCACAAUUCAACAUUGAUAAAGGAUCAUACAUCUGUGACCCAGAAUGCAGAAGAAAACAAAUCAAGUUCAUUGCCCUCAACGUCAUAUGAAGACUUCUUUCCAAAAGACUGCACCUCUCUAUCUACAGAAAACCAGGAAAUUCCCCCUAUGGAAAAUAAAGUUGCAGACUUAAGAGAAAAAGAAUCUUCUUUAAAUUUAUCUUACCAAAAGCAUGAGUGCUCUGGCGCCUGUCUGAUGAAAAUGCCACUUACCUUCAAGGGGGAAAACCCUCUGCAGCUACCAAUCAAAUGCCAUUUCCAAAGACGACACGCGAAGACAAACUCUCAUUCUUCAGCACUCCACGUGAGUUAUAAAACCCCUUGUGGAAGGAGUCUACGAAACAUGGAGGAAGUUUUUCGUUACCUGCUUGAGACAGAGUGUAACUUUCUAUUUACAGAUAACUUUUCUUUCAAUACCUAUGUUCAGUUGACUCGGAAUUACCCAAAGAAAGAAGAAAUUGUUUCUGAUGUGGAUAUUAGCAAUGGAGUGGAAUCGGUGCCCAUUUCUUUCUGUAAUGAAGUUGACAAUAGAGAACUUCCACAGUUUAAGUACAGAAAGACUAUGUGGCCACGAGCAUGUUAUCUAAACAGCUUUUCCAACAUGUUUACUGAUUCAUGUGACUGUUCUGAGGGCUGCGUAGACAUAACAAAAUGUGCGUGUCUUCAACUGACAGCAAGGAAUUCCAAGACUUGCCCCUUGUCAAGUAAUAAAAUAACCACUGGAUAUAAAUAUAAAAGACUAGAGAGACAGAUACCUACUGGCAUUUAUGAAUGCAGCCUAUUAUGCAAGUGUGAUCGGCGAAUAUGUCAAAACCGAGUUGUCCAGCAUGGACCUCAAGUAAGGCUACAAGUGUUCAAAACUGAGAAGAAGGGAUGGGGAGUGCGCUGUCUAGAUGACAUUGACAGAGGGACGUUUGUUUGCAUUUAUUCAGGAAGAUUACUAAGCAGAUCUAACACUGAGAAACCUGAUGCUAUUGAUGAAAAUGGAAAAGAAGAGAAUAUUAUGAAAAAUAUGUUUUCCAAAAAGAGGAAAAUAGAAGUUACAGAUUGUGAGAUUGAAGUUAUCCCAAUAGAACUGGAAGCACGUCCUGGAAGUAUGGAGACUCAGGAGUAUCCACCUAAGCUCCAUAGUAAUACCAAAGAGCCUGUUAUAGGAAUGAAAUAUAACAGCAUUUCAAGAAUUCGGUAUCAUUCAGUCAUUAGAAGUCCUAAAACCAAGACGGUCAUUAUUCAACACAAUGGGAAAAAUAUGGGAUUUACUUCCUCAGAGUCUGUCGCCUCAGAAGAUAAUGGGGAACUUAAUCCAGCUCAAGUACAUCUGAACUCUAAAGCCAAGGAAACGAGAAAGGACUCAAGCUCAAACCAAGUUGAAGAUUCUGAAGACAACGAUGUGAUAGAUAUAACCAAGUGUAGAGAAGAAACUCCGUCGGGGGGCACAUGUCACCAAGCAGUCACACUGGGUGACACGAACGAGGCUCAACUACAAAAGCCCCAAGAGGAAAAGUCUCCAGCAUGUCAAAACCAGCAGGUCUUUUGUGGUAAAGAGUUACCAAAUGAAACCAAGGAUGCUUCAUCUGAUUCUCUAGAGAAGUUCAAUAAAGGGAAUGUGUUUUUAUUGGAUGCCACAAAAGAAGGAAAUGUGGGCCGCUUCCUUAAUCAUAGUUGUUGCCCAAAUCUUUCGGUACAGAAUGUUUUUGUAGAAACACAUGACAGAAGUUUUCCCUUGGUGGCGUUCUUCACCAACAGUUCGAAUUCAGAAGCCCCGAGCUCCCGUUUGAGAAGCCGUCUGCAAAGCCUCCGUAGGCUUCCCGGCAGGGGAAAUCCAUCAUCUAGAUUUCGCCAAAGCGGACUUCCGGCGGCGGGGACGCAGCGCGCAGACAUGGACCCGGCGGGGCCUUCCGCGCCCGAGUCGACCAGCUGGUCCGAGGCCCAGGCCGGGCGGGACACAGUCCCGCUCCCGACCGGUGUCUUCCAGGUUGCAGAAAGGUUGCAAAAAAGGAUAUGCGCGCUCUGCCCCAAAGACCUCGAGUGUAGUGUCCUGUACUUUGCACAGUCAGAGAAUAUAGCUGCUCAUGAAAACUGUUUGCUGUAUUCCUCGGCACUUGUGGAAUGUGAGGACCAUGAUUCAUGUAAUAAUGAUAGAAAUUUUGAUGUGGAAUCAGUAAAGAAAGAAAUCAAGAGAGGAAGGAAGUUGAAAUGCACGUAUUGUGGGAAAAAAGGAGCCACCGUGGGAUGUGACUUAAAAUCCUGUUCCAAGAAUUACCACUUUUUCUGUGCCAAGAAUGACCACGCAGUUCUGCAAGCUGAUGGACAUAAAGGAAUUUAUAAAGUGUUUUGCCAACAACAUGCUGACCCUGAAAAUGGUCUGCCAUCGGUGAAGCCUUUGUCUGGGGUCUUCCAUUCUCACUACAGUGAGCAGACCAAACCAAGACAUGCCCACUUUUCAGGAGUGAAAAGAAAAAGAGGAAAGAGGAAAUGUCUCUCAACAGGCAAUCAUGUACAGGACGCGAACAUAGAACGGCUCACGAAGGCUGCCGCAGCCGUUCAGAACGCAGUCCCGUGCUGCCCCGUCACCUGUGAUGAGAAAAAGAGAGCUCCUAUCCAGACAACACUGGAUCGCUUUUUCAAGAGGGUAGAUAGAAUUGAAUCCGGCAAGGAACCAGAACCUGUGCCAGCAGCCUCAGGCCCACCUCAGAGAAUGGCAGUGAAGAAGGAAAAGGGCAGCAGACACACAGAUGCAAUUGUGAAAGCUGCUUUUCUCAAGAAAUGUAAAGAAGCAGGGCUUCUUGAUGCUUUAUUUGAAGAAAUAUUAGACAAACUUCAUUUGAUUCAGGAAAGACUCAUGGAUGAGACCACUGCAGAAUCAGACUAUGAAGAAAUCGGGACUUCACUUUUUGACUGUAGACUGUUUGAAGACACGCUUGUAAACUUUCAAGCAGCAGUAGAGAAUCAAAUUCAUGAAUCUGAAGACAGGCGACGGCAGCUGAAGGAAGAGAUUGAGCUACUUCAGGACUUAAAACAAACCUUGUGCUCUGGGCUUCAGUCAAGUUCCACUUCAGAUUCUUCUCUGUCUUCUUAAGAAGGACCAUUUCCUAAGCCAGGAAUCGAGCACAGUUGCAAGUAGGGUGAAAGCUGGAGACUGGCCUGUGAAAGCCACACACCUUCAGCACCAGGUCCCUGGGGUGUCUCUGCUCCUUGCCCGCUCUUACCUGUUCUUGCUGAUGGGCAUCUGAUGCCUGGUUACUGCCUCCCCUCCUUACGGUCAUCUCACUUCUACCUCUCUCCCACUAGUAACGUAUUCCUCAGAGUCUACUUGAGUAAAUUAGACCAUGCUUCCCAUGGCUCUUAAAAAUCCUUUCGUGGCCUCUUCCCCUCCCCAACUCCAGUGAGCUAAGUGGAUGCCAGGUGCUCCUGCCCCAGGGCCUUUGCACGUUCUGCUGUGUGGUCUUCACCGAGAUCGUCCUUUCUCCUCACGUCUCUUCUCGGUGUAAGCCACUGUGUUGCACAUCAAACCACUGGAGUAUAAGCAGCCUAUGGGCAGAAACUCCCAUUCAUAAGUUUUUCUCCUUGUCACGUUUCUAGCAGCUAGCAUGCUCAGUAAACGUUAAAUGCAUAAACUGUUUUUAUCUUUUGAGACUAGUUCCAGCCCAUAAUGCCUCUUUGAUAUAAUAAAUUUUAAUAUUAUACAUUA